AUCUGAGCUUCACUCUCGGCUGUCGGGAGGACUGGCAUUUUCUGUGACCAGCAAAACAAAAAUUCAACUUGAUUUCAAUGUGAGUGAACCAUGACUUCACCAACUAUUGCCUCAUUAAGGUGGGGCGAAAUGAAGGUUGAGGGCAGUGACACUCUAUACAAAGAUUGUAAAGUCUGGCCAGGAGGAAACCGAACAUGGGACUGGAGAGAGACAGGAACUCGUCAUACACCUGGAAUUCAACCAGCUGAUGUUACUGAAAUUGUUAACAAAGGUAUUCAGACACUAGUAAUUGGAAGGGGAAUGGACGAAGCAUUGCAAGUGCCUGAAGCAACUCUGUCCUUCAUCAGAAGUAAGGGUAUUGAUCCUGUGGUUCUCCAAACAGAGAAAGCUGUGCAGCAGUACAACAAACUAGUGAAGGGAGGUGUUGCCGUUGGAGGAAUUUUCCAUUCAACGUGCUGAAGCAUCCAAGGACGACAGGAGAAUAUUUUGUUCUGUUUUAGGUGGUAGUUUUAGCACUCUGUUAUGAUAUUUCAUGCACAAUACAAAAGCACAUUACUUUUCAGAACACAAACUUUGAGUUAGAGCAGAUUUUGAAAACCAUGUAAACAAUUAACACUAUUCAGUGGCCUACUUUUGCAACUAAAAUGAUUAUUUGGACUACAAUAAGCCAACGCUUGAAUUUUUCCCCUGUUUCAAUGAAUAAUAAAUGUUCCUUGCUACUUCCAACUAAUGUUUAUGUUGAACUCCAUUGUGUAUCAGCGCUUGUCUUGGAUGUCACAUGCAUUGGCUUAUUCAAUGUUUUGAACGUUAUUAUUGAGUAUUAUUUAUCUUGUUUAUAUAUAGCCCAGAAUUGUGUGCACUGGAUAUUUAUCUCUUUGAUUAGAAUUGACUCUGGGCAAUGGAGCUAAUGAUAAGACCUAAAUACCUUUGCUGCAACCUACUGAUAAUGUGAAAGUCAACGGAUCUAACCACAUUUUAACUGUCCUCAUUAGUAAGCACCAGCUGUAACUAUGAUAACUUUGGCACAUCUGUCCUGAAGGUUAUUACAGUAUCAAGAAGACAAAACCCUUGCACAGUAACCAUAACAGAAAUGCUUCAUAAGCAAAUACAACAGUCCUGGACAGAACAUCAUGUACACUUCCCAUGAGUCACGUUUCACAAUCGCACAUAUACUUUAUUCCAAGUAUUUCAUAGAAUCAUAGGAUGGUUGUAGCACAAAAGGAGGUCAUUUGGGUUGUUGAAUCCAUGCAAUCUUUUCACCAGUUACAUGAAUGACUUCUCAAAUAUCACAGCUUGAAGGAUUUGGAGAUUCAUACAACAUUGUACAAGGUACAUUGUCACUGUGCUCUCAGCCCACAUCAGUUUGUUUAACAUUUCCACAAUAAAGUUUGCUGCAAAAAUUGUUAACAAAUGACAUCUCAUAUGGGCUGCUGGGUAAUCUUUAAUACACAAUCUUGUUUAAAUUCAUUUCUCAAUUACAAAAAUAUGUCUGGUGCUGCAUUUAAAGAAGUUAUUGGGCACAUUAAUUGUCUAAUGGUAAUAGGAGAAAGCUGAAAUAAAUUCUAAAGGAUUCAUUAGAGUAGAAGAAAUCGGUGCAUUCUAAAAAUGUUUCGCCUAUAAUUUGAAAAGACUAACCCACAGAGCAUAUUCAAAUAAAUUUUAGUUUCAAGUUGCUUUGACAUUGACUCACCAAGCCUGGUGUAAUUGAGGUAACGCCAUGACCUAAAUUAUUUCCUGAGAAGCCACUUGUAAUUUGGAAAGUAAUGAAUCAACUAAAAUGUAAAUGUUCCCAUCAGUAGUACCAGCUGUAGCCAUAACAACUUAUUUGCUACAACUGCCCAUAAGGAUUUUGGAACAUUUAGAGAAUAGAAAACCUUCACGCAGUAGCUGAAUAUAAUAUUACAGCAGGGAAAUAUCAU